GGUUGAUAUUAAGGCAUAAGAAAUCAAAAUAAGAAGAGAAAUUUAUGUUCUGUAAAUUGAUGAAGAUGUGCAUCAGCUAAGUGAUGCAAAAAAAAGGGAGGUGAUCAUAUUGACCAUAACGAGAUACAAUUACAAUGAUGAACAAGCGAAAGAAUCACACAUAUGAAGCAUAUAAUUUACAUAAUUUAAUUUAUUGAUGACAUCAUUAUAAUUGUUAAAUGCUACAUUACUCAUUUCUUUAUUAUUAUUGUUCUUCUGAUUACAGGCAUCACCUAAUGAUGGACUACCGCCAAUCGUAUGCAUUAAGUGUCGCGAGCAGUUAGACUCUUGUCAUCGAUUUCGACGCGUCGCACAUCAAACACAUCAAGCACUCCACGAUUAUCUGCAAUUUACCUCAAAGUUAAAUGGCACGCCACAGGGUGUAAUGUUGCAGAAAAUUAGAAUUCAUAGCACAUAG